AUGGCUAGCAGACCAGACAUCUACCACAGCACUAGGGAAGUGUGUCUCCUUGAUUUUAAAAAGGUACCGUGUAUAAGGAGAGCCUAUAAAAUUAUGGUCCGUCACCUGGAUGACCUGUCAUACAACAGCUAUCUGUACAACAUGUUUGUAAAAAUCUGGUUCUGUAUGGUUAAGGGAGAAAGGUUUGUCCUUACCGAUGAGGAUGCAAGAAUGUUAGGAAAGCUUGUGGAGGAGAUUAAGACGGCAAACGAGUGCAAAGUAAACGCUGGUGAUCUAUCCAAGCUGGAUGAAGUAAAGGAUGUGAUGCUCACGGAUGAGAUACCUGUCUCGGCACAUGAUGAACUACCAGAUAGGCAUUUGGUAGAUGAUACAUCCGAUACAAGCUCGGACAUAGUGUCGGAGAAUUCAUCGGAAUAUGGUGAGAAUGCCCGUUUUGAGAUGAUAAAGCAGAUUUUGAUUGAAGUGUUCUCCAGCAAGACGAGCACUUUUAAGUACCAAAUGUUGAAGACCUCUGCCUUGGAUGGCAUAUUGGCAACAAAAGUGAACAUGGUGCGUGAGGUGGUUGAUAUUUUUGUGGAGGAUUUGAAUGACCUUGCACUCGAUAGCAUAAUAAACAACACGAGCAUUGACUCGAAGAUUAUAAACAUAGCAAUCGAUUAUCUGCUGUUGCAGCUGAAGAUCAUAGAAAAUUAUUUGCUCACAACCCGUGAGGUGCUGAACGCCAGAUUUACGACAUACUUUGUUGAGGAGUUGUUCGCUGCCAUGGCAGGUUCGCAGCUCAUGGAAGAAGAAAUGGUUUUUAUCUUCAGAAAAGCGUUUUCUAUCGGCGUGCUGUGCGAUGAAGUAGUGCUGAACAAAAUCAAGGAGACAAUAACCGCAGACUAUCUGAUGAUAAGGGAGGAGCUGUUUGCGCAGAUAAUCAUCGGCAUUGUAAAGGCAAUUGCCGUGAGAUUCGUGUUUAAAUCCGAGAUGGUGCAUGGCUUGGAACACGGGAAAAUAUCGCGUGAGUUUAUGGCAGUUAAGACGGUUGAUGACAUCCUUGUGUUUUUUGAUCGGGAAGAUGACUCGUAUUCGCACAGCGCUGAUAUUCAAGACCUCACAAAUGCUCUGCACAUGCUGUUCACGACCAACGGAAUUAAAUAUUUCAAGGAAGAUACGAAAUUGCAGAUCUGCAAGAGCUUGCACAAAUUCGUGAGGGACGAUCUUAUAAAGAAGAUAAAAACGGCGUUGGACUACGACGAACAAAAGGAUCUGAUGGACCUGCUCCUUGUGAUAUCCUUGAGUAGUAGAAAAAUGUCCUUCCCGGAGUAUAACGGAUAUUUUCAGGCACAGAUAGAAAAAUACUACAAAGAGAGAAGAUUUAACGAUUUGAAGCGCGUUAUCGAUUAUUAUUCUACGUUUGUGAGCACCAACGGUGCCAAUAACAUCAGCUACGCAUUCCUUAAAUUCGACAUAACGUGGUAUAAAACGUUCCUCAUUUUGUACUUCCGCAAAGUAAAGAAAAGCCCGGAGCUUUUCGAUCAUGUAGAGGCUUUUUUCAAAUUCUUUGUGUACACGAAGAGUCCCAUCCUGGUGGAUGUGUUCAACAGCUUGCCGUACAUCGACAAAUCACACGCAUGUUUACCCGAGGUGUACCUUUUCGUGCACGAAAUUAUGUGCAGGAGGGACUGCUUCAUGUAUGACUACAAGGGAUCCUUCGAAAGGCUGAUGAUGCCAUUCCUGCUGAAGAUGCCUGCGUUGUUUAUCGAGAGCAACCAUGCAUUGAUUUAUCACGCAGAGAAGCUCAAACUGAACAAUUUUAAUUACACGGGUGUCCUUGAGUAUUUGAAGGAUGAGAGGACGCUUAGCAACGAUGUGGUUGAGGUUUUUAAGAAGAUACACCGGGAUGUGAAACUGAGAAGCGCUUUUAAAGAGGAAUAUGUCGAUAAACUGCUUCAACUAGCCAUAGAGAACUACUACACGUCCACGGACACGAUAAUAAUGGAAAUCCUGGACAUUCUUCUGAAGGACAACCUUUGCACUGAGGUUCUAGGCGAGGAGGAUGAAGGCUCAGCAUCAUCAAGUGACAGGAAUAGUGCACUAAGCACGCAGCAAGCGAAGCUAAAGAAAAGCAUAACAUUAUUAAGCCGUGAGAACAGAAGAAAAACUUUAAUGGGCAAUAAUCAAGCACAGCAGUGCGCAGUGGACUGUGUAAGCGAGUAUUUUUCCUACAUAAGUGAUGAUCAAGCACGGAUGAUAUCCAACACGAACAGCCUUGUUCUUUUCGGUUUGUUCUACGACAAAUAUUUUCAUAGAAAUUGGUUGCAAAUAAUAGAGCGCGAGUCCAAGUACACCUUUCUGUAUCAAAAAAUCAUGUACACGCUGCGUAUCACCUCACCGUAUUACUACACUUACCUUGUUUUGAACAGCAACUUCCCGAUAUUUUACAAUUUUAGCUUGUGCUGUAAUUUGAAGCACACACUGCGGAUCAACGAAAAGAUAAUGGAAUUCAUAUCCAGUUUUCCGACCAAUGUGCCCAGAAACGUGCAAAAGAUCGAAAGCUGUUCCUCGUUCUUUACCAGCGGUUCCUUCCAUUCGAUAAAAGAGGAUGGGACAUGCAGCGUUGAGCAGAUAAGAAAGGAUCUGCGGGAUAUUCAUGGUGAUUUGUUAAACUUUGUUGCGGAGAAACCCGGUCAAGGAGGCACAAAUUCGUUUGAUGAACACCAAGUGGACAGAAAAUUUGAGGAUAACACAAGCAUCCAUGCUAAUAAAUGCCUGUGUAGCAGCUCAACACGUGGCAGCACAAUUACCUGCAGUAUACACCCCACGGGUGCAGGGAAAUACGACUUUUUCAUCGAUCUUGUGUACGUGAACCAGAGGAAUGCCAACGUGGUUGGCUCGGCCAUCAACUUCCUGCUCAUAACAAUCGACGAAAAAUUUGAUCUUUACCUGCUGUACGUGAUACUGAAGAUCUACAAAAUACUGAAGAUACAUGAACCGAUAGUAGAUGAUUUAUUAGAGCGAGCGAUAGAUCAUGUUGAUUAUAGCAUCGAUAUUUACGCGGAACUGGCAGACAUUACGGAUGACUUUUUCAAGUUUUACUUUUUCUCUGCUUUUAAUUGUGUGAGUGGUGACACCGUCGAAUCAGAUCUGUCUCUGAGGAAAUUGCCAGCAAGCAAAAAAGAAUUUGUUUACAACACGUUUUACCUGAUCAAUAACCUGCAUAUGACUUCGGAAAGGUUGGCAGGCGCGUUGACCUACAAGGGCUAUAUUUUGAAUUUGCACGACAGCAUCGACAUAUUCACAGCCAUUCGAGUGUUUGAUGGCAGUGUCAACGAUGGCAUGGAUAGAUUGCAGAGCAUAGAUCCUUUUUAUGUGCCGCAGAUGGUGCAAUUACUGAGAAUUAGUAAAUGUUUCGAUGUGACUGCGGGUAAAAUACUGGAGUUGAUAGAGAAAGAUGACUACUUAAGCAUGCUGGUGUAUUUCAACAUACGGGCCAACUUUAAGAAUAGCGGAAGAGUCGGCAAAUUGUUGGAAAAGAUUUGUAAUGCCAAGGAUUUCAAGGAUACCGUCAAAUUCUUGGAUGAUUUGACACGAAUAAGCUCUAAAAUGAUCAAAUUUAAAAAUUUGGAUAGGUUUGACAAGAAAAAAAUGCUGGAUGAACUGCUUAAUGAGGUUGCGGUUGGCAGGAACGUUAUUUUGCCGUUGCACGGGUAUAAAGUGCUGGGAAUCGAACAAAACAGCAGUAGAGUGCUUCAAAGUCAUGCCAAGGUGCCUUUUAUGGCCACAUUUGUCGUGGAGAAGGAUGGAGUGCAAAAGAAUGUGAACCUGAUAUUCAAGGCUGGUGAUGACUGCAGACAGGAUCAAUUGGCCUUACAACUGAUUCAACUAUUCUUGAGCAUUUUCAAGGAGAGUCAUCUGCCCAUCUUCCUGUAUCCUUACAGAGUGAUCAGCACGGAUUACGAGUGUGGAAUAAUAGAAGUUAUAACAGACGCGAUAAGCAGGGACCAGAUGGGAAGAGAACGGAUUAAUAAUCUAAGUGAGUAUUUCGGCUUAAAAUUCGGUUUUAAAGAGGGAAAGGAAUAUCAGGACGCGCAAAGAAACUUUAUCUUAAGCUUUGUUGGUUAUUCGCUCGUCAGCUACUUCCUGAAUGUCAAGGACAGGCACAACGGCAACAUAAUGAUAAAUGGCAAGGGACAAAUGAUACACAUUGACUUUGGUUUUAUGUUCGACAUCUCUCCCGGUGGAUUGAACCUUGAGGUACCGCUAAAAAUAACAGAGGAAAUUAUAGAGCUGCUGAACGACCACAUGGAUGAUUACAUAAGCUUGAUGAUAAAAGGAUUCUUUGCGCUGAGAAGAAGGUCUAAAGAGAUCGUUUUAAUGGCUGCAUCAUUCGAACAAUCGCAGCUGCCGUGUUUUACAGAAUAUGCGAUCGACAAUUUGAUAGCACGGUUCAAGUUCCAUUUGAGCGAUGCCGAGCUCAAAGUGCACAUACGAACACUGGUGCAUACGAGUGUUAGGAAGUUUAGGACGUACAUUUAUGACAAGUUCCAGGCGUUGACCAAUGAUAUAUCGUUCUAAACGGCACUUCAAGGACUGAGCUGGUUAGUAUUGGCUAUGAAUGUUGGAGUGCAGUCCGGCAAACAAGGUCGUGUGUGAUUGGUUGUUUGUGGAAGUCCUGGGUAUCAAAUGCCGCCUUCAGGGUGAGUACAAAAUCUGUUGUUUAGGACGUGGUGAUAUGAGCAAGUCGUAAUUACAGUGAAUAUUUCUUCUUGCCUUCAAUUAAGGCAACGAACUGAAAUGAUAGAUGUGGGAAUGCGAUCAGGUAACGAGAAAAAACACAGGUUUAUACACAAUGUGAGGGCUGUGUCUCCAGAGAUUGUAGAUUUGCCAUGAAAUGUUAAAAUAAACAUGCUAACAUAUUUCUAUAUGCUAAGCACAGCGCAUAUGCAAAGACUCAAGCCGUAGCACAGCGCAACAAAUGGCUAAGCACAAAUUAACAGAAAGAAUGUGUUACUAUGCCAUGUGCUGGCAGUGAGGUGUGUUUAAUUAUCUAUUUGUUGUUGGACCUUCAAAUCGGUACCAUUUACAACGAUUUUAUACGAGGAGGGUAUUUUACCCUGUACGUGGCUGUGUGAUGACCAUUACAUCACGCUUUGUCCUCUUUAUCUGCUCAUUAUUGCUGUGGAAAGAGUACCGCUUGCAAUUAACCAUGAAGACAGGUUCAUUGCUAUUACCGGUUCUGUGUAUGAAGAAAGGUUACGACCGCAUAUUCCGUAGUUGUGAACUCACGUGCAAACCACAUAACAAUUCAGUGCGCAGAUGCAUUUAACAUACCAACUCGUAUGUCCUUCAAGAUAACCUCUACAUCACAAACAUUCAUUUCACGCAUGUAUGGAGCGAUUCCACUGGCAAAAUCGAUGCACACCAUUUUUGCACAGUUUCGCAGUUCUUGAAUGCUGAGCAAAAACAAUUGUCUGGAUACUCAGCCACCAUCAAAACAUGGUGAAAUAUGAGUUUGUGCUAAGAAACGUCCUAUUCAGCGGAGUGAGUUGAACGCAUUGGUAUUUGUAGCAGAAUUGUCCGAUUACAGAGCGAUUUCCUGAUACUUUCGUUAUAUUCUCUUUUAUAUCACAAUAAAUUCAAAAAUUGUGAGUUAUAUCAUCACACACGUUCAG